UAUAUCCGCUGAUUCCACAGUUCAGAUAGUUCAGUAUUUAUAUUACAGAAUAGUUAUAAUGAAUUUUAAUCACAGAUAUCAGAUAUAUCUGUGAUUAUAACUUAAGUCCAUUGGUAUUAUUCUAUGUUAUACUAUUGUCUUUUCCCAAGUCACUUUUCGAAUUUAUGCAGUACAAGUGAAUAGAAAUACUACAGCCCAAAAUGCCGUUGGAAUGGUUAUUUGGACGUCGUAUGACACCCGACGAGAUGUUGAGAAAAAAUCAACGAGCUCUCAAUAAAGCUAUGCGUGAUUUGGACCGUGAAAAUAUGAGAAUGGAACAGCAAGAAAAGAAAAUUAUUAUGGACAUUAAAAAAAUGGCCAAAGAUGGACAAAUGGUAUGUCAUAAUUUUGUAUUUUAAGUAUUUGAUUUUGAAAAAUUUAGACUUAGGUUAUUGAUAUAAAUUGAAAAUUCGUUAUUAAACUUAUUAUAAAUGUCUUAGAUAAUAUUUUUAAUGAUUUUCUUGGUAAUUAACUUAUAAUAACAUUAUAUUAUGAAAACAUAAAUAUGAUAAAUAAUGACUUGUCACUUGACAUUUAUUACUUACAUUUUUAGUAUAACAACUAGCAAGCAAUUUAUCCGUAAGAAAGGGAAAAGGCCCCAAACCAAAAAAAUGCUUAUAAAUUAAUAUAUAUUAUUCAAAUUUAAAAAAAGGCCGACAUACUUUACAUGUAGACAGGCCAAUCUUGUAGGUGAAAAUUUGGGAAGCUAGUAUGUAGAAUUUAUGUCUGUACUUAGUGAUUAAUCAUUACUAACGAAAAACGAUUUUGAGCGGAGUUUGGUUAAUAGUGUAACUUUGUCAACAAUAUAUAUGUCACAUUAUGGUAAAAUACAUAUGUAUUACUUAUAUAUUAUCUUUAAUAAUAUUUGUUUAGUAUUACAUUUAUUUUCCUGUUUUUUCUACAAUGUUUCCUAUUUAUUGAGAAGACUCCAGGGAAAAUCAAAAAAAUACUUUCCUAAAGUACCAUCCAAGUCAGAUUUCCUUUCAGAAAAAGUACUACAUUUGUAAAUUGGAUCAAUAUUUCUGGUAGAAAAGUUGUUUACAGUUUAAAAAAAACAUGUAAACCCAAUACAUUAUUCGCUCCUCUCAGAAUCUAAAAUAAUUAUAAACACUUUAAAAAAAAGUACCUAAAUAAUAUGCAAUAUUCUCAGAUAAUGUAUCGUUAAAACAAAUUAGUUCAAUUAAAAAAAAAGACCAAUGUUGUUCAAUUCACUUACAAAUAAAUUAUUAUUUUUUAUAUACCUUUUAAUUUACAGUGGGGAUUUUUCCUAAUAAUUUUGUACUGGUUUUUUUUUUACUAGGUUUAUUUUUUUGGUAUACGGCUUUUUUUAUAUCAAAUUAAUAUUGUUCUAUGUGUUCAUCUCUUAUGUACCUAUAUCAUUAAAUGAAUUAUACUUUUAUGGAAUACUAAAAGAUAAAAUAUAAAACAAAUAGGUAUAUGUUUUUUCAUUUUUUGUGUGUGCCUACCUAUUUAAUUAAUAUCUAUUGUCAUAAAAUAUGAAAUUUAUGUUUAUUUAUAUAAUUCUACAUUUCCUUAAUAGAGUAAUCUACAGUAAUCUACAAUGUAUAAACAACAAUUUAGAUUACUUUGCCCAUAAAAAAAUAGUCAAUUCUAUUGUUGAGUGACUUCUUAGCUUGGAUCUUAACUUAUUCGAAUUAUAACACGAAAGAAAUUGAAUAAUUAUUUAUUUUACAAGUAAUUAUACUUUCUUUUAUUAAAAAGCUAAAAUCAUCCACACAAUUUUAUAAAAUUAGAUAUUUUAUGUGAACAAGGUGUAUCUAUUUAAACUUUUACGAAAAAAAAAAACUAAAAUUACAAUAAUAUAUUUAUUUUGUAUGUUUUAUUUGAUCAAUAUAAAACUGUAUCCUAGUUACAAAAUGACAUACAUAGAAAAACAAAUCCACUUAUGAUUAAAACAAAAUGUUUAUAUUACUCUACACAAUUACAAGUAUAGUUUAUUAAAAUAAUUUAGAUAAUUGUUUUUAAUUAGGUGUUGUAUUUUUUAAAUAAUAUUUUACUAUGAAAUCUUUUAAUUUAAGAAAUAAGCGCAUAGUUCCACCGUUUAGUUCUCAAUCACGACAACCGAACACAAUUGUUGCUGGUCCUCCACGAUCACGCUCACGUCACACUCCAAUUGGAAAUACUGCAUUUCGGCGUUAUUACGAUAGAGGUGAUUUUAUGUUAUCUGUCGAUAGUGGACGAGUCAUGUGGAAAACAUCAUUUGAUAAUAUUGACUAUCACCAUUAUUUACCAAUUUUUUUUGAUGGAUUACGAGAAGUAGCAUACCCAUAUCGGACAGUAGCAGAACGUGGAGUUACAGAUUUGUUGAGAAAUGGUACACCAGAUCGUGUACUACCUGUUGUCCCUCAGUUAAUUAUUCCAAUCAAAUUAGCACUCAACACUGGUCAUCCAGAUGUAGUGAUAGCUACAUUAAAAAUGAUUCAAACCUUAGUGACAUCAGCUGAUAUGGUAGGAGAAGCUCUAGUGCCUUACUAUAGACAAAUAUUACCGCCUCUUAAUGUGUAUAAGAAUCUUAACAAAAACACAGGGGAUGGCAUUGAUUACGCUCAAUAUCAACAAGAAGAUAUUGGAGACUUAGUCAACAAUACUUUAGAAAUACUUGAACGACACGGUGGAGCUCAUGCAUUUAUUAACAUUAAAUACAUAAUUCCAACUUAUGAGUCAAGUGUGGUUAAUUGAAGUACUAAAUUUAAUAUUAUAAAUCUUAAAUAUUUUCAUUAAACAAAUUGUUUUUAUUUCCUUAAAAUCAUAUUUUUUAGAAAUCUAAGUUUUAGCCUACCAAUUGUUAAAUUAUUUAGAUGAAUAUUUUGAGGAUUUAGGAAUCUGUGAAAAUCAUGGCAAGAGACUUGGUGAGAACAAGACGUUACCAAAAAAAAUUUAUGGUGAUGAAAGCAAAUAUACAAGCAGUGUCCUUGAAAAUACAAACACUGAAAUCGCAAAACGCUAUGGGGGAAGCAAUGAAAGGCGUGACUAAAGCCAUGCAAAAUAUGAACAGGUAUGUGUUUUAAAUACAAAUCAAAUAUCAGUGAAAAAAAAACUUUGGUAGUAUACACUUUAUAUUAAUUUAUCAAAAUACUCAUAAUAUAUUAUAUUUGUAUUGUAUUAGACAGUUGAAUUUACCUCAAAUUCAAAGGAUAUUACAAGAGUUUGAAAAACAGUCUGAAGUUAUGGACAUGAAAGAAGAAGUAAUGAAUGAUGCUAUGGAUGAUGCGAUGGAAGACGAAGGGGAUGAAGAAGAAACGUAUGAUAAUAAUAUUAUUAUUUUUAUUAUAAAUGAAAGCUAGUGUUGUUUUUUUUUAAAUAUAAAUUAUUACCAGGACCAACUAAUGUGCAUAGUUCUAAAUUAUUUCUGAAAUUUUGUGGGAGGAUAAUAUUAUUUUGAAUUUAAUUGUUACCCUUCCCUGUUCUUUUAGUCUAAACUUUAAAGUGUUAUAACUCAUAAACUUUAAAUCUGAUAUUAGUGUUAUGCAUACCUAAAUUUCUAGAAAAAUAUUUUGUAUUCAAAUUUGUGUUCAAAAGAGGGGGGAUCCUAUUUUAAAAUCAAAAGUAUGUACCUAUUUAAGGUACAUGGAGUAGGGGUAAAAAAUUAAAAAUGGUUUUAUAAUAAUAAAGCUUAAACGAUUCCAUAAUGAUUAGAAAAAACAGAAAUAAAAUUCAUUUAAAAUCCUGAGAUAAUUGCUGGUUCGUGAUAAAAAAAAAUCACCCUGUAUAUAUCAACAAUUAGAAUACAUAUUUACAUAAAAGUUAAUUGUUUAAAAUUGCAUUUUUAAUUUAAUCGAGAACCCAUUAACUCUUAGGACCAUAAUCAUGAAUAUUAUUAUAGCUUUAGAGUAUUUUGAAUUAUUGAAAAUAUAAUUUUUAUUUUAGAGACCAAAUUGUAACUCAAGUGUUAGAUGAGUUAGGUCUUCAGCUCACGGAUCAACUAUCUGGAUUACCUUCAGCCUCUGGCUCAAUAAGUAUAGCUGCCACAGGCAAAGUACCAGUGGUAGCUCAAGAUGGAGGUGGUGGAGGCGGUGGUGCUGCUGCUGCACAACCAAAUGAUGCUGAUGCUGACUUGCAAGCUAGAUUAGAUAACUUAAGGCGUAAAUAAACUUUAUUUUCGUAAAAUUAAUGACAAUCCAUUUUGUUAUAAAAUUAAUUAAAUAAAAUUAUUCAUUUAUUAUUAAAAUUAUUUUUUAUGUAUCAUUUUUAACACAUAUAUAUUGUAUUAAUUGUAAAAUUUAAAAAAAUACACUUGUAUAUUUUGCUAUAAUUUUAAACU